AUGCACCAAACACAGAACCACUGGAGGAAAGCAAAAGGCCUAAAGAGGAAGAGGAAAUUCUUGUCUUCCGUCAAAGGAGUGACCCAUUUGGCCAGACGGGACAAGAGGCGGAUGUAUUGUAAAUUACAGCUUUGGAUGUGGAGAAAGAGGAGAGAGAAGUGCCGCUUUUGGAUAUUCAGUGGCGGAAGACGAGCCCCUGCGGCCGACUCUGGUCCCAGGCUCUGCCUCAGGUUAAAGACACAGUUACCGAGAGCUAAAAAACACGGAGCGUGUGACAAACCCGACAGACAGAACCCCCCGGUUAGCACGCCGGGCCUUGCGACGCCCCUCGGACACGACGCCGGAUGCUCAGAAGCAGCCCUCGGAGGACAGAACGGCCCGCUGAAGCGGAAUGAAUCCAACCAGGUUGUGGACGUGCUCGCCGGUCCCAGUCGUUUGCAACUCUCCGACACAGAUCCCACCGGCCAGAUCACCCCAUCCCCCGCAGAGCUUUCGGAGUCCACGCAGAGUUCGGCACAUCCCUCAAAACCUUAUUGCACUGUCCGACCUCAGCAGUGUGCUGAUAGCAAGUGGAGGGCACAGCGCCUGGACCCGGGAGCCCAAAGCCCAGAGCCACGGGAUCACGCCGGCCCUCACGUUCAGGGGCAGUCAACGGAAGGAGAAACCGAUGGGACAGUCGGCCGAGAAACGACGACGCCCUGUCUGAUCUCUGACUUCAGCGCACUCAGGAGAGAGAUCCAAGAAUUCCUCGACGAUUUCUACAGGACCUACGGAAGCUUCAUCCCACUUAAAAAGAGCGACGUGUUGAGACACGUGAGGAGAAGGUUUAACGCUGACUUUAGUGACUGGAAACAUCUCAUCUAUUCAGAGGCUGCCAGAUGCCGAGCCGAGUUCAUGGAGAAAGCUACCCCCUCUUUUCGGGUAGUAUACAAGAAGCACAUUCUGACGAUGGAGGAUCUGUUGACCCUGGCCAAUCAGAACUGGCUCAACGAUCAGGUCAUGAACAUGUAUGGGGAGUUGAUCAUGGAGUCUUCUCAGCAAAAGAUCCACUUCCUUAACAGCUUCUUCCACCGACAGCUUAUGACCAAAGGGUAUGACGGCGUGAGACGAUGGACAAAGCAGGUGAAUUUGUUCUCCAAGAGCCUUCUUCUCGUCCCCGUCCACCUGGAGGUUCACUGGUGUUUGGUGACGGCCGACAUCGCCACAAAGAAAAUCUGCCUUUACGACUCUCAAGGGAACGCCCUGCAGAAAGUUGGAAGGAAUAUCCUGAAAUACUUGAUGACGGAAGCACGGGAGAAGCACCAAAGGGCUUUUGAAGAAGGGUGGACGGUGUCAUUCAAUGAGAACGUCCCACAGCAGACCAACGAGAACGACUGCGGCGUGUUCGUCUUGGAGUACUCGAGGUGCCUCGCCCUGUCCCGGCCGCUCCAGUUUUCGCAAAACGACAUACCAAAGAUACGAAAGAGGAUCUACAGAGAACUCUGUGAAUGCAAGCUGCACGAGCAGGACUGA